UUCAAGAAAUGAGUUGAGUUUAUGCUCACUCUAUAAAUUGGUCCUUUGCUCACACCCAUCAAGCAUAACUCAGUUGAUGAGAAGUCUUCUCUUCCUAGUUGAUAUUGCAUAACCAGAAUGGCACAUCUUGUAUCAUUUGGUUUUGUUCUUCUUGCUCUGAUGGGCUUACUUGUAUGCAAUACUGAGGCAAAUAUGCAAUAUAGCAACGAUGAGUCACUCUUCAUGGCACAGUUGAGGAGGAAUUAUGGACACGGAAACCUUCGCCCAGCAGAUUGUGGCCCAAGGUGUUCUUACAGGUGUUCUGCAACCUCUCACAAAAAGCCCUGCUUGUUUUUCUGCAAGAAAUGUUGUGCUAAGUGUUUGUGUGUUCCUCCUGGAACUUAUGGAAACAAACAAGUGUGCCCUUGCUACAAUAACUGGAAGACCCAGCAGGGAGGUCCCAAGUGCCCUUGAAUUCAAUUGCCUUCUAAUCUUCAGAAGCAGUUGCUGCUUAAUAUCUUAUAUUCAUAAUAAUAAUUUUCAGUGGCAUUUUACCAUGUGGGAUCUCCAAAUUAUAUAGUAUUAAGUAUUGUAGCCAAUGUCUAGAAGACAAUGGCCUUCCUAGCCCUUCUGUGUGAGAGAUGCUCAAAUGGCUCUUCCUGAAGUUGAGAAAAGCCAUAAUGUAACAUCUCUACUAAUGUAAUAUGAUAUUAUUUAAAUAAAUUGUUUCCUGAAUACUAUUUAGUUUUCAAAA